AUGCUGGCGGCCAAUGACAAGGGCCUAAGCCCUCAUACACCCAAAAGCCCGGUACUGCCUCCUCCUGAAUCCAAGAGUCCCGGCAGUGUGUCCCAGAAGACUCCAACAACAUUGUCGCGUCAGGGCACACUCAGAGCCUCGCACAGGCGCAAGGGUAGUAUGACAGGAUCGCUGUCUUUGUCACAGGGACGCAAAAGUCCAGUGGGUCUCAAUGAUCGCAGUCCUCAAGGGAGACGCAGCCCUUUGCUGAUUUCUAAUGAUCGUCUGAAGUCGCCCAAUGAAUUGCCCCUACACUCGACGUUUGGCUCUACAUCACCUACAGUGCGCAGUCCUUCGGGUGAACGCAGUAGAAGUCCCACCUUCAGCAUUCACACCCAGGAAAGGCGUUCGCCCAUAGGUAGUGCCGCACCUCUAGAUUUUGCCCAGUAUGGCCGCAGUCCCACUUCCACAGUUCAUGUGCAAGAUGGCAAUCGUUCUACCUUCGACUCCUCCACCGAACAAGAGGAACCAACAGCUGCUCCCACAACAACAGCCUACAAGAGACCUUCCAUAAACCUUUUCACGCCCAUAUACUUCAGUGGCGACAAACGCAGCCCCAUGGGUCCCAUACCACCCAUAACGGUCUCCAAUCCCGCCGAAACCUAUCGCAUGGCCGAGAGCAACAACUUGGAGAAAUCGGGUGAUAAGGAAGUGGAACAGCAAAAAAGGGAGGAGAAGGAGAAAGCAGAAGCAAAAAGCGGCAGCGGUGGCAGCAGUGAUAAGGAGCAGCAGCCCGAGAAGAAGAGUGUCAUGCGCGAGAUAUUGGCAUUUGUGCGCAAGCCUUCGAAGCACAUAACGACACGCACCAAUCGCUUUGCUAAUGCUUUUACAAGAGCCGAAACCGGGUCAUCUAGGGGACCGCUCAUUCGCCAAAGUACUUUUUCAGCCAGUCCGGCAGCAUCGUCAACUGCUGCAAAGAGUGCUGUACAAAAACAAAUGUCCGAAGUUGGAUUCGAACCAAAGAUGUCACUGAAAUUCUCACACUAUGCCAAAAUGUCUCUGAAGUUACGUCGAUCUGCCCGCGACGAGGAGAAAUCCAAACAACAACAGACGCAACAACAACAGCAACAACAACAGCGUGCCUCCAAUGACACCCAGAGAGCCAGCAACGAUUCCUCCUGCACCGGCAGCGGUCUUUUGAAUGUCCAAGAGGGCAGCGCCUCGGGCAGAGCUACACCGUUGAGUGAUAUUCCAUUUGAGUUUGCCAAUGUCCAUUUCGAAAAGGUAGGUGAAUCCUAUAUCAAGCAUGAUAAGAAACACGACGACGAAACUGUGGAAGAUGGCGCCGAUCCCACAACCGACAUUAUCUUAGCCAAUCUCGUUGAGGAGAUUAAUAACUCUUUGAAAAUAGCCUCAUUGGCCACGGAAAAUGCGGGCGCCACUCAUCACUUCCAGAGACGCUCUGAAAGUCGUGAGCCCAUAGAGCCUCGCAUCAGCGAGGAACGCGAAUCUGAUUCGAAUGACUUGGUUAUACCGGAAGAAUUUCGUACCGAACUCGCGGAGAUUUUAAAGGGCUACAAACCGGAACCCAUCUAUGUGAACUUGAUCGAAUUGAAGAAAGAGACCGAUGAUGCCGAAGCUGCCGCAAAUAAGGCCAUUGAAGCGGCAGCUUUGGGCUCAUCCACCGACAAAUCCCCCUUGCAAUGUCCAACCAUUGAGUUUGUGCCUCCCUCGAGGCGUUCCUCAUUUGAUCCUCCACGUUCACCCUUCCUGGAGACUCUACGCAGCCCAGGUGGGGAUACAGAUGCCAGCUUGCAACGUUUAGAAUCGGGUGGUGAUAGCUUUGAAAUGGUCGAGGGCGAUCGCAAAUCCAGCAGGGCAGAAUCAAGUUUUGAAUGCCCCUAUUCUUCGCGAGAGACAAGCUUUGAGAUUUCACGCUACCAAUCCACCAGUUACGAGGACCAAAGCUCUAGUUUUGAAAUAGUUGACAUCGAUGAGAAAAGUAAGAAGUCCAGCAUAGAUCUGAGGAAGUCCUCCAUUGAGCUAGUAGAUGCUGAGACCUUUCAAAGGUCCAACUCCUCACCCGGCCGCAAAUCAUCGCUGGAAACCCAUUUUGAUUAUACGCCCUCCGAGGCCAGCGGUGGGGCCGGCGGCGGUGGUGGUGGUGGUGUUUUCGGCAUUAGCUCCAUUAGAUCACCCAACUUUCCCAUGACCAAAAAACAAAAGACCGAAACCUUUAAGUCCCUGCACAUCUCACCCUUCAGUGCCUUUUCACGUGCACGCAGUCCCCUUUCCAAUCAGACUUCCUCUAAUUACAGUUCACGUGACAGCUACGAUUCGAGUUCCUCUGCGGGUCACCAUGAUGUGCCGCAGCGUAGCCCCUAUGCUGAUCCCACAAAAAAGCAUUUUCCCCUAACCAUAAGACAAAAAGAGGAGGAAGUCAAGACCUUCUUGUGCACCGAUCAACGAUGUGCCUCCAUCUUUGAGCCAAGACCCAGCUCGGUAUUGACUCAACAGUUUUCCACCGGUUCAAUGUCUACCCCUUCAGGCUAUGCCAAUGGCACCCCGAGAGCCUUGAGUGCAGUGGGCAGUAGUUUGGGCGGGGGAUUUUCCAGUGGCAGUGAAUUUGAUCCACCUUCACCUCGAAGGGCUACCAGCGCUUCACCAAAGCAUACUUUUACUUUUCGCAUUGUGCUCAAGAAAGUGGAUAGUUCACCAGAGGCUUUGUGUCCCGAAAGACAUCGUAGUCGCAUUAUUGACCGUUAUCGCCGAAGAGAUAGUCGUCGCAGACGUUUGCAAACGGCUGGUAAAAGUGUUUAG